UCUGUUUGAAAAGAGAAACUGAGGAAACAUGUCCACCAGUGAGCGAUUUGAUUGCCAUUACUGCAAAGACUCUCUGCUGGGGAAGAAGUACAUAAUGAAAGACGACACGCAGUACUGCACGAAGUGUUAUGAAAACCUAUUUGCCAACUGUUGUGAGGGCUGCUCUUUGCCUAUUGGCUGUAACUGCAAGGAUCUGUCCUAUAAGGAUCGCCACUGGCAUGAGCAGUGCUUCAAGUGUGCCAAGUGCAGUCGCUCAUUGGUCGAAAAGGCCUUUGCAGCCAAGGAGGAUUUACUGCUCUGCACUGAGUGCUACGCACAGGACUACUCCUCCAAGUGCAGCACCUGCAAGAAGACCGUCAUGCCAGGUUCUCGAAAAAUGGAAUACAGGGGCAACAGCUGGCAUGAGACCUGCUUCCUGUGCCACCGCUGCCAGCAGCCAAUGGGAACCAAGUCCUUCAUCCCUAAAGACACCGGCUACUUCUGUGUGCCCUGCUUCGAAAAGCAGUUUGCAUACCAGUGCUGUGCAUGUAAGAAGGCCAUCACAACGGGAGGCGUGACGUACCAAGAGAAGCCUUGGCAUCGUGAAUGUUUCCUCUGCAUUGGCUGCAGGAAGCAGUUAUCAGGCCAUCGCUUCACCUCCAGGGAGAAUUACCCAUACUGCCUGGAGUGUUUCAACAACCUGUUUGCAAAGAAGUGUGUGGGCUGCACCAAGCCCAUCUCUUGUUUGGCAGGUGCUAAAUAUGUCUCUUUUGAGGAGCGCCAGUGGCAUAGCGAGUGUUUCACCUGCCUGCUGUGCUCCGUGUCUUUGGUGGGACGUGGUUUCCUCACUCAGAGAGACAACAUAUUGUGCACCGACUGCGGGAGGGAGAAGUGA